UCCGCGAUUGCUGUGACAUCCAUCCGUGCACACCCAGCUGCAUGUGGGCAGGAGCCCCGGCUGUCUCAGGGUUAACGGGCAGGGGAGGGAGGGUGCCCAGGCUCCGGCUGGGUCCGGCCCGCGCGCCCGUUGGCUCUUUGUUGCUGGGAGAGCAGGGCAGGCUGGGUAAAAUUUCCGCCCCAAUAAUUUUCCUCUCCACUCGGCGCGUCUCCCUCGCUCCCUUGCCGGCUGGCAGCUCUGUCACUCACUCCGUCCUCUCUCCCGCCUGGGUCCCUGCUCCCCACGGAUGCCCAUGCCCUUUGCCCAGGGUGCCCGCAGGCAGGAGCUGCCCAUGUGGGUUCUGCACAGGGGCAGCAGGACGGCAGCGUGCUGGCUUCCCGGUGCCCCAUGGGUGGUCCAUGGGCAUGUGGCUUGGGGUGAGCAUGGACGCCGCACCAUGGGCUCAGCGUGGCACACAGGGCGGCCGUGAGGAUGCUGGCUUCCCUCCUGCAGCUGCUCCAGUUCUCAGCCCCCCCCAGCACCACUCCCUAGGCCAGAGCGGGACCCAUGCCUGGCAUCUCCCUGGGUGGCACCUGCCUCUGCCUGGAUAACGAUGUGCCCAGUGGAGCUGGGCAGAGCCGGGACGAGAAGGUCCUGUCCCUUGGGGCCGACGUGCUCCCAGAGUACAAGCUGCAGGCACCGCGCAUCCACCGAUGGACCAUCCUGCACUACAGCCCCUUCAAGGCAGUGUGGGACUGGCUCAUCCUGCUGCUGGUCAUCUACACGGCCGUCUUCACGCCUUACUCGGCCGCCUUCCUGCUCAGCGAGGAGCAGGAGGACAUCCGGCGCAGCUGCGGCUACUCCUGCAGCCCGCUCACCGUAGUGGACCUGCUGGUGGACAUCAUGUUCCUCAUCGACAUCCUCAUCAACUUCCGCACCACCUACGUCAACUCCAACGAGGAGGUGGUGAGCCAGCCGGGCCGCAUCGCCAUCCACUACUUCAAAGGCUGGUUCCUCAUCGACAUGGUGGCCGCCAUCCCCUUCGACCUGCUCGUCUUCGGCUCCGGUUCCGGCUCCGAGGAGACCACCACGCUGAUCGGGCUGCUGAAGACGGCCCGGCUGCUGCGUCUGGUGCGCGUGGCCCGUAAGCUGGAUCGCUACUCGGAGUAUGGGGCGGCCGUGCUCUUCCUGCUCAUGUGCACCUUCGCCCUCAUCGCCCACUGGCUGGCCUGCAUCUGGUACGCCAUCGGCAACAUGGAGCAGCAGAGCAUCGGCUGGCUGCACGCGCUGGGCGAGCAGAUCGGCAAGCCCCUGGGCGCCAACACCUCGCUGCCGGGGCCUAGCAUCAGGGACAAGUACGUCACAGCGCUGUACUUCACCUUCAGCAGCCUGACCAGCGUGGGCUUCGGCAACGUCUCCCCCAACACCAACUCCGAGAAGAUCUUCUCCAUCUGCGUCAUGCUCAUUGGCUCCCUGAUGUACGCCAGCAUCUUCGGGAACGUCUCGGCCAUCAUCCAGCGCCUCUACUCUGGCACCGCCCGUUACCACACCCAGAUGCUGCGGGUCCGUGAGUUCAUCCGCUUCCACCAGAUCCCCAACCCACUGCGCCAGCGCCUGGAGGAGUAUUUCCAGCACGCCUGGUCCUACACCAACGGCAUCGACAUGAACGCGGUGCUGAAGGGCUUCCCCGAGUGCCUGCAGGCCGACAUCUGCCUGCACCUGAAUCGCACCCUGCUGCAGAGCUGCCGGCCCUUCCAGGGGGCCAGCAAGGGCUGCCUGCGCGCCCUGGCCAUGAAGUUCAAGACCACGCACGCCCCGCCCGGCGACACACUGGUGCACGCCGGCGACGUGCUCACUGCGCUCUACUUCAUCUCCCGCGGCUCCAUCGAGAUCCUGCGCCGCGACAUGGUGGUGGCUAUCCUGGGGAAGAACGACAUAUUUGGGGAGCCACUGAACCUGUACGCGCGGCCGGGCAAGUCCAACGCGGACGUGCGGGCUCUGACCUACUGCGACCUUCACAAGAUCCAGCGGGAGGAGCUGCUGGAGGUGCUGGACAUGUACCCCGAGUUCUCUGACCGCUUCUGGGCCAGCCUGGAGAUCACCUUCAACCUGCGGGACACCAACAUGAUCCCUGGCUCCCCUGGAAGCACCGAGCUGGAUGGCGGCUUCAACCGGCUGCGGUGCCACAAACUGUCCUUCCGCCGGCGCACGGACAAGGACCCAGAGAAUGCUGGGGAACUGAGGAGUAGCCAGAAGCCACUGAGGACAGGUCGGAACCACCAGGUGCCAGGGGUCCCGGGGGAUCAGCCCGACUGGGAGCCCUCCAGCUCACCCUCCAGCGACGAGGGCAAGCGCCCCACGCCCAUCACCAGCGCCGGCCAGCUGUCACCCCUCCGCGCCAACGGGGAGCUGCUGAUCCAGGGCGAUGGGCAGCCCAGUGGCAGCGAGACGUGCAGCCCCCUCUCAGGGGCCUUCUCGGGGGUAUCCAACAUCUUCAGUUUCUGGGGCGAGAGCCGGGAGCAGAGGUACCAGGAGCUGCCCCGCUGCACCGUCCCUGGCCACGCCGGCCUCAGCAUGGCCCUGCCCCCCCGGGCCCGCUGGCCCCACGCCGAGGUGGAGAGCCGGCUGGACCAGCUGCAGCAGCAGCUCAACAGGCUGGAGACCCGCAUGGCCGCCGACGUGGGCGCCAUCAUGCAGCUGCUGCAGCGGCAGGUUGGGCUGGUGCCGCCGGCCUAUAGCACCGUGUCGUCGCCGCUCCCCGGCCCGAAGCGCCCCCCACCGCCCGUCCUGCCCAUCACCCCCCUCCAGCCCUGCCCCCAGGUUCUGUGUUACCCGGCGCCGUUCCCAUCCCCGCAGCCGCCCAGCCCAGCACUGCCCUGCGAGCCGCCCCUCCCCGCGGAGGUGGUGCUGCUGGUGGAGCCGUCGCCCACACCCCCCCGGCGCCGCUCCCUCCCCGGACAGCUGGCCCAGACGCCGGACUCAGAGACCCUACAGAGACACUGCUCCGACCCGGGCAGUUAAUCGGCAGGACGGGGCCGGGGCUGGGGCACAGAGCCCUGCACAGGGUGGCCAGGGCCUCAGGGCUGCUGCCCCCUCCCCGCCCCCAGGGACAACUGUGCUGCCAGGCUGAGGGCCUGGCCGCACGCUAGCCAAGCGGGACCCACGGCCGAGCCCACGCUGCCAGGACGUUAGCCGGCCUAACGGAUCCGGGACGGGACCCGCGCGCCCGGCGCUGCCCAGAGACUGGUACGAAGAAGCAGCCUGGCCGGGGACGGACCCGCAGCCCGGGACCCUGGAACUACCAUGGGGCGGGACCAAGAGCGCAGUCCCCGCGGCCAGGGCUGGCCCCCAUGGGUGCCAGGCGGGCGGGCCAAAGGGCUGAGCAGGCCGGGGGCCCAGGUCUCACCUGCCUGGCUGCCCCGUGGGUGCCUUGCUAUGAGCACGCGUGUGCGCCGCUGGCGGAGGGGUGUGGAAUGGGUCGGUGGGUGCGCGGCUGUGUUCUCUGUGUGUGUGUGUGUGUGUGCGGCUGUGUUCUGUGUGUGCCCAGCUCUGUUCUGUGUGUGUGGCUGUGCGCGGCUGUGUUCUGUGUGUGUGGCCGUGUGUGUGUGUGUGUGUGUGUGUAUGCGCAGCUGUGUUCUGUGUGUGUGUGUCUCUGUUCUGUGUGUGUGGCUGUGCGUGGCUGUGUUCUGUGUGUAUGUGUUUGUGUGUACGCGCAGCUGUGUUCUCUGGGUGUGUCUGGGUGUGUGCGGCUGUGUUCUGUGUGUGUGUCUGGGUGUGCCCAGCUCUGUUCUCUGUGUGUGGCUGUGCGCAGCUGUGUUCUCUGUGUGUGGCUGUGUGUGUGUGGCUGUGCACAGCUGUGUUCUGUGUGUGUGUGUGUGUGUGUGUGUGUGUGUGUGUGUGUGUGUGUGUGUGUGUGCAGCUGUGUUCUGUGUGUGUGGCUGUGCACGGCUCUGUUCUCUGCAUGUGGCUGUGUGUGCGUGUGGCUGUGCGUGUGUGGCUGUGCACAGCUGUGUUCUCUGUGUGUGUGUGCGCACGGCUGUAUUGUGUGUGUGUGUGUGCGUGUGUGUGCGCGCAGCUGUGUUCUGUGUGUGGCUGUGCGCAGCUGUGGUCUGUCUGUGUGUCUGUGUGUGUGUGCGGCUGUGUUCUGUGUGUGUGGCUGUGCGCGGCUGUGUUGUGUGUGUGUGUAUUCUGUGUGUGCACAGUUGUGUUCUGUGUAGCUGUGUGUGUGUG